AUGACAGUGCUCCAAAAUCCCUUUUGGGCACUUAAAAAUGGUCUCACUCAGAUGGGACUUUUUGGUGGGGGUCAUACAGAUGAUAUGGAUCUUGCUGCAGGUCUCUCAGUCAUGGUGGAAGGCAGUCAUCUGCCUGAUGAUUAUGAGGCUGGUGAAUUCCACCUUUUGUCCCUAGGAGUCUAUUGGGUGCUUGUGCCACUCUGGGACACCACCACUAGCACCAUCUGGGUACAUAUCUGCUUGCAAGUGAAGUUAUGUGCAAAUGCAAAUGUGGCUGGAGUGAAGUAUGAGUGCAGGAGAAGUGGAUGUGAGAUGCUCUCUGCCCCACCUUGCAUACAAGUGGACAAGGCAGCUGUAUGGUAG